AUGUUUAAUAAAAAAAAAGAUUAUAUAAAAAAAAAGUACAAAGACGUCCCUCCAAUUAAUAUUGGUGAUGUGAAUAGAAUAUUGCAAUAAUAUAAGAAUGACGAAGACAAAUUUAGGAUGUUUACCUCAAUUUUAGAAAUACAAAAAUAGCAUUCGAUUCGAACUCAUGAAAGUAAUACAGAAGAAAUUCUUAGGAAAAAUGUUUAAAGAUUGAUUGAACUUUAUGGAGAUGUUGAUAUCAAUUAGGAUGCUCUAAAUAAUAUUUAUAAAAAUGUUGAUGAAAAUUAAGACAUCUAAACAUAAAUUGAAAAAAUUGAAUAUGGUAAUAUAUUUUAAGGUGACAUGAAUUCUUAAAUGAUCAGUAUUUAGAGAUAGAUUGAGCGAUAUGAUCAUUAUUUGAAUGUAAUCUAAACAAAAUUAUCUAAAAAUAUAUUCACUAAUUACUCUAGUUAUCUCUAAGCUUUAACUCAUAUAGAUUAAAUUGGAAAUAUUAGUUAGGAGCUGCUCCUAAAGGUUAGAAGUAGUAGAGAAAAUAUGCAAAAAACAUAAUAAAUUGUUUUAAAGCAAAGUAAAUAAAUUUUAGAGAAAAGACAAUAAAUCUUGAAUAUUCAAGUAAUAAAUAAUAUUAUUAUAGAAACUGAUAGAAAUAUUAAAAAAAAUUAAAAAUUAGUAUGCUUUACCUUAUGAAAGAUUUAUACUAAGUAUGUAGAAUGGAUAUAUAGAUGCUUCAUUCUAUCUUCCUACAAUCACGGUAUUCUUUAUUGAAUAUUUAGAAUGCGGAAAUAAUUGAUGGUUUGUAAUUCAUACCUAAAAAUUAUAAAGAAGAUAGAAUAGAAUAUGUUAGAUAAAUAACAUGUAAAGGGAUAAUAGAUUAGUUUAUAAAUUAUGAUGAAAAAAUAUACAAAAUUCAUUAUGAGUCGUAUCUUUAUAUGGAAGUAUGUCUAUUAAUUAAACAAGAAACAUGACAUCGUUCAACCUUAUGAAACAAUAGUUCAUUUAUUAAUACUGAGAGCAUUUGAAGCUAAAUUAUAAAUUGUUUUUGACCAAAUUAGUCAAAUUUUAUCAAUUGACUUUUAUUUCGAUAAUUUAACAGAUUCUUUAAAUCAAAUUUCAAAAGAUUAAUUAACAGAGUUUUAUAGAGAAUUAUGUUGUUAAACAAUACAUUUCUUUAUGAAUUUACAUUUAAUUAUUAGAUUUCAUUUAGAAUAUUUUUAAAAUUCAUCUAUUAUAGAAAUUAGAAAAUUAAUUUAUGAAAAAGUUUUUGAUCGAAUUUGUGAUUUUAUUAAUCAAACAACAAGUUGGCCAAGAAUGAACAAAGAAGAUAUGAUUUGUUUUUUUGGUAUGCUUACUAUUUUAAUAUCUAAAUGUGAAGUAUUUGGGGGACAAAAUCUUUAGAAAUAUAAAAUAUUCAUUGAAGAUAAAUUUAAUACUUAUUUAGAAUCAAGAGGAAAUGAUAAAUAAAUCAAAGAAUAAUUAAUAAAUGAAGAUUGUAAAAAAUGUAUGAAAAUAACACUUAAUUAAACAUAAAUUAUUUUAUAAAUAGCUAAUAAAUCAACAAAAUUUCACGUUUUUGAAUAUAAUGAUCCAUUUCCAGAUACAUUGAAUAUCUUCAAAUCUAUAGAAUACAAAAAAAUUAUUGAUUUGAUAAUGGGUACAACUGUUUCCUUUAAAAAAUAAACCAAUACUUCUAGUUUAAUAUAUUAAGGAAAAGAAAGGACAUUGUUGUUGACUUAAACUGUUAAUUAAAUAUAUAUUAUCAUUCAACAGUAACUUUUUUAUAUUAAAUUUUUUAAAUAACAUAGAGAAAAGUUAGUUGAGGAAUUAAUAUUUUUAAUUAAUUAUUAUAUAUAUACUUUAUCUAUUCCUAAUAUAUUGGAUGAACAUAAAAGAUAUAUAUUUGAUGAUACUUUAAAUUUUAAUUAUGAUUAAAAGUAAGAACCAGAUUAAUAUACUUAAUAAUUUGAACAUAAUAGUUAAGUAAUCCUAUACAGAGAAAGAUACGGUGAUUUGAUUCGAUAUUUGAAAAAAAUUCAUAUUCCAGAAGAUUUAAAGGUUAAAAAAACCUAAUAAUUCGAUUUAAUGGAUAGAAUUGUAUAUAUUGAAUCUAUUAUUUUUAUAAUUAAUGAAUUUGAUUCAAUUAAAGAAGUAUUUUAAUAAUUUAAACCUUUUUAUUCAGAGUUAAAUUCAAUGAUUAGUCAAUUAUAAGAAAUAGUAAUAAGAGAUUGUAUAACUUUGGAACCAUAUGCUUAAUUAGUUUAAUGCAAAUAUGAAUUAAAAUAAAAUGAUAAAGAAGAUUAAUAAAGAAUUCAAUUAAUAGACAAAAUUAUAUCUACUAAUGAAAUAAAAUUACAAGGAUUAUCUUAAUAAUAAUUAAAAGAAGUAUAAAAAUUUUAUUAUGAUGAACUUAUUUAUCUUUUUGCUGUUGUUUAUUCAAGAAUUAAAAAGGUUAAUAAUGUAGGUAGAGAAGUUAUGUUAAAUGACUAUCAUAAAGUCUCAAAAACUUUUAAUGUUGAAAAUAGUUUGUAUGAAUCAUACAUUAGAGUUCUUAAUUAAACAUCAGCAGAAAAUAUCAUUGAAUACAUGAAUAAUCAUUUAGUAAGUUAUUUAUUAUUUAUUUAUAGAAAAUAUUUCCAUAUAAAAUGUUAAUGGGUCUUUUUAAUGCUUAAGGAUUAUAAAACUGUAAAAAGCAACAAAGAAAAGAUUAAUUGUUUAAAGUUUUUUAAAAUUACUAGGAAUGA